AUGGAAAUUGACCCUGAGCUCUACGGAUUGCGAAGGUCCCAACGUACAUCACAACGCAGUUUAAGUUACAGAGUACCAUCAACAUCUUCAGAAGAAGAAGAUUCAGAUUCCGACUUAGAAUUGUCAAACCCAAGAAAAAGAAAAAAGGGAAACGUCAGUAAAAAGACAUUUCCAACCAAAAAAUCCAGAUUGAGAAGAUCCAAUGAUGAACAUUGGGAUGGGUCUGGAUCAAACGAUGAAAGCGGUUUUGACUCAUCUUCUCAGUUGAGCAAAUCAAGCGCAUCCUCUCCUGAUUCUAUAUCAGAUAACGAAUGGCCAAGCAAAACAACGUCGUCUAAACAGAAGAAAAAGAAUUCUUUCAACGCUAAAGACUUCGUUGAGAAUCGUUACUCUCGACGUACUCGUACAGUGACGACCUAUAACGAAGAAGAACUUGACAAACAACUGGGAUUAGAGGCCGAUGACUACGAUUUUCAAUAUGAAGAAUAUUAUCAACCCGAAGAAGAAGAGAAUACAAUAGAGAGUAUACAUGAUAUCAGGAGAACUGAAGGAAAGGAACCCCUUGACAUGCAAGAUCCGAAGUUGAAUAUGGAAUUCUUAAUUAAAUGGAAAGGGUGGAGUCAUAUGCACAAUACAUGGGAAACAUACGAAAAUCUUCAAGGCCUAAAAGGAUUUAAAAAGCUGGAGAACUAUAUCAAAAAUUACUUAGCUGACCAACGGAUGUUAUCUGAGAGUCCAGAAGAUAAGGAAACUCUUGACGUGAAGAUGGAGAUGGCUCGUGAUGUGUUAAAGGAUUAUAAAACAGUAGAACGCAUAAUCGCCGAAAGAUCUAUAUCACCAUCCUCGGAUAACCCUUUUCCAGCUACGGAAUACUUAUGCAAAUUUAAGCGCCUUCCUUAUCAAGAUUGCACUUGGGAAAAAGCUUCAACGAUUCAAAGCGAUUUUAAUUCCGAAAUCGUUUCCUUUAUCGAUCGUAACCGUAGUUCGUUUGUUCCUCACCGGUCCAGGCCGCAUAAAAACCGACCGACAUUUAAGCCUUUAACAAAACAACCAGACUACUUAGUUGGCGGUGAGCUACGAGAUUUUCAAUUAACCGGCUUGAAUUGGCUUGCUCAUCUAUGGUCAAGAAAUGAGAACGGCAUACUCGCUGAUGAAAUGGGCCUUGGAAAAACUAUCCAAACUAUUUCGUUUAUCUCAUAUUUGUAUCAUUCUCUUGAACAAUACGGUCCUUUUUUGGUAGUAGUGCCAUUAUCAACGAUUGGCUCAUGGCAAAGUGAAUUCCAGACCUGGGCGCCUGAUAUUAACGUUAUUAUAUAUAGUGGCCCUUCCCAAAGUCGUGAAGUAAUACGUGAACAUGAAUUUUAUAUUCCAUCUACAACCGGAAGCAAAAGAUUAAAGUUCAAUGUUUUAAUUACUACAUACGAAUUCAUCUUGAAAGAUCGGCAGGAACUCGGCAACAUUAAAUGGCAAUUCCUAGCAGUUGAUGAAGCACAUCGUUUGAAAAACAGCGAAUCACAACUUCAUGAAGUCCUGUUAACAUUUCAUACCACAAAUCGACUCCUAAUAACGGGUACUCCUUUACAGAAUUCUGUCAAAGAAUUGUGUGCAUUGGUAAAUUUUUUGAUGCCUGAAUUCGAAAUUGCUGGCGAUAUUGAUAUUGAUGCUCCUGAUGCCGAACAAGAGGCGAAGAUUCGUGAUCUCCAUAAACGCCUUGAGCCUUAUAUGCUUCGUCGCCUUAAAAAAGAUGUUGAAAAGUCAUUACCUCAAAAGACUGAAAUGAUUUUAAGAGUGGAAAUGUCAUCGCUUCAAAUGCAUUAUUAUAAGAACAUCCUUACAAAGAAUUUCGACGUGCUAAAUGAAGGUAUCACUGGGUCUUCUCAGAUGAGUCUUUUGAAUAUCGCUGUCGAAUUAAAAAAGGCGAGCAACCAUCCAUUUUUAUUUCCGAAUGCUGAACCUUUAACCACCCGUAAGGAAGAUCAAUUACGUGGAUUAAUAACAAAUAGCGGAAAAAUGGUGCUUCUUGACAAAUUAUUAACUAGAUUAAAAGAGUCCAACCACCGUGUUUUAAUAUUUUCGCAGAUGGUUCGUUUAUUGGAUAUUUUAACUGAUUAUCUUAAGUUGAGAGGUUAUCAACAUCAACGUUUAGACGGAAGUGUCCCUUCUGAGGCCCGUAAGAAAGCCAUAGAACAUUUCAACGCCCCGAAUUCACCCGAUUUCGUAUUCUUGUUAUCUACGCGUGCGGGUGGCUUAGGGAUUAACCUUAACACGGCCGAUACAGUGAUCAUAUUUGACUCAGAUUGGAACCCACAAAAUGAUCUUCAAGCUAUGGCACGAGCUCAUCGUAUUGGCCAGAAGAACCACGUCAAUGUAUAUCGUUUUGUAUCGAAAGAUACAAUUGAAGAAAGCAUUCUUGAACGUGCCAAACGCAAGAUGGUGUUAGAAUAUUGUAUUAUCAAACAGAUGGAUACUUCAGGAAAGAGUAUUUUACAAAAUAGUUCUAAGAAUGCAAAGUCUGCAGAUAAUUUCAGCCGGGAAGAAAUAUCUGCAAUUCUGAAAUUUGGUGCUCAGAAUAUAUUCAAAGAAUCCGAAAAUUCAAAGAAACUCGAUGAUCUCGACUUGGAUGAUAUCCUCGCUCGAGCAGAAACUCACGAUACUGUCGGUGACCAAACAAGUAGUAGUUUGGGUGGUGAAGAAUUUCUUAAACAAUUCCAAGUCGCAGAUUUUGGAGGUGGAGAUAUAAGUUGGGAUGAUAUUAUUCCUCAAGAAGAAAGAGAUAAGUUUGCUAAGCUUAAUGCAGAAUCAAAUAUAGCACAAGAACCGGAGAAUAAGAUUGGAUUAAAACGGAAUACGGCUUCUCAGGAUAGUCGGUUAAAGAUCAUCGAUUCCGGCACUUCAGAUGAUGAAAUGGCAAAAAAGAAAAAAUCUCGAAAAAAGAAAAAGUCACAGACCAAAAGUAAGAAGAACAGGGACUCUGAUGGUGAUUCAGAUGUGCGUCCUAAAAAGUCCAAGUCAUCUGGUAAAAAGUUUAUAAAUUCUGACGAUGGUCAUCAUAAGAAGAAAUCAAACGGGGGACGUAAAUAUGAAGAGUCCGACGAUGACAAUUAUAAAUUUCAUGGUGAUCGUUCAAAAUAUGCAGAAUUGGAUGGCGAUAAUGGACAUCGAAAAAAGAAGUCUAGUAGCAGUAAAAAGAAGAAUGCAGAUUCAGACGAAGACAGCCGCUUAAAAAGGAAAUCCAACGGCGGUCGUAAAAAAUAUUCAGAAUCUGAAGAAGAAAGCCCCAAGAGAUUGACUAUUAAAAAGCCAAAGAUUUCGUCCUCGGGUAAAUCACGAGAUUUAUCAACUAAAGAUAUUAGAGCAUUAUAUAAAAGCGUACUGAAAUAUGGGGAUAUUCAUGUGCGCUAUGAUGAUGUUGUUAAUGAUGCUGAUUUGCAAGACAAGAACAAGGAGCAACUAUUUGAAGCUUACAAUUCACUUUAUGCAGCUUGUGAAAAGGCUGUCAGAGAUUAUGAGAUGGCAAAUGACGCAAAUCCAAAUGGACAACAAACUCGCUCAAUUCCAAAUCCUCGUAAUAAAGCAAUUCAGGCCUCUUAUAAUGGAGUUGACAAGCUCAACGCAGGCUUGUUUACUCAACGUAUUGCUGAGUUGCGUGUAUUGGAUAAAAUGAUGAAAGAGUUCUCGAGUCCUGAUAAGUUUAAGAUUUUAUCAUCCACAAAACCUGUUAACAACUGGACUGUAACAUGGAAUCACAAAGAUGAUGAGAUGUUAGUAAUUGGUAUAUAUAAACAUGGUUUUGGUAAUUGGAAAGCUAUCCGUGAAGAUUCUCGGUUGGGUUUAACGGAUAAGCUUAUUGAUGAAGAAGUAGAUCCAUCGCAACGCAAUUCACAAGCGGCCAAAGUCGUGCGUAGAGCUUAUUAUUUAUUGAAAAUGCUACAUGAUUUAGAAGAGGAGGAACAACAACAGAAAGGGCGACGUUCCAAGAUACGUUCUAGUGCCCGUGAUGAUAGCCAUAACGAACAAGUGUCGUCUUCUACAUAUGAUACCUCUAAAAGUAAAAAAGCAUCAAAACGAGUUAUAAGCGAGGAAGACAUAUCGUCAGCACCCGAUGAUAGAUCUUGCAAAGAAUUAUUGCGCCCAGUUAAGGAUAAACUCCAAUGGCUAAAAAAGGAAUCGAGUCAAUACAGUGGCAAAGAGAAGGCGCGACUUAUAAAAGAAUCGCUCAAAGUCAUUGGUGCUAGGAUAGCCGAAAUCAUAUCCACGAAGAAUUCAUCAGAACGGAGUCGGUGGCAAUUCAAUUUAUGGCAGUUCGUGACGUAUUUUUGGCCUAAAGAUAAUAUCGGGCCAGAAAGAUUGAUCGAAAUUUAUCGUAAAUUGGAGGCAGCCGAAGCUUCAGCUGGACAGAUAGCUAGUGUUGGAAGUAGAAAUGGUUGGUCGACGUGGACAAUGGCCAAUUGA